AUGUGGUUUGUCGGAUGCAUUGUGUUUGGAAUCUUCACUAUCAAGUUGCUUAAAGUUGGGAGUAGGCCGAACGGUUACCCUCCUGGCCCACCGACAAUUCCUAUACUAGGCAACCUUCAUCAGUUUCCCCGAAAGGAUUUACAUUUGAAAUUUCAAGAAUCGACAAGAAAAUAUGGACCUCUCGUGUCGCUCAAAAUGGGUACCCAGACAAUGAUUCUUUGUGGCUCAGACGAAGUAGUCAAAGAACUUAUGGAAAAGCGAAGUGCUACUAGCUCUCUCAAGGUAGACAUGUUUAUCCGUACUUUCAGUGAUAAUCUUAACAUAGCUUUUCGAGAGUGGGUCCAUCUUGCAAGGAAGAUGUAUGCCACGCGGAUCAAUUUGGGAGGUGCAAAUAACUACAUACCUUACCAGGAGUUUGAAAGUUUACACCUUCUUCAUAAAUUGAAAUCUGAGCCAGAUAAUUUUCAAGGCCUUGUAACACACUAUGCUACCAGCAUCGCAUCAGCUAUAGUUUACGGGCGAAGGAUCCCUUCAGCCGAUGAUUCAGGAAUCAAGACAUUAAUCGAGGUUAGACCAAACUUUGGGACAACCGCACUAAGUGGGAAGCUACAGCUGGCUGAUUGGUAUCCUAUCCUCCGCCCCUUAUUUCAUGUUCUGCCUAAAGCCCUUAAUCCCAUUAAGCGCAAGGUUGAAGAGCUGGAAGAAAUGGAGACACAGAUGUGGAUCCACCAUACUACUGUAGCGAGAGUCCUGAUAGAUUCCGGAAAUCCGAACGCAAUGAAUACACCAGCAGCAUUUGUUAAGGCAAUGGCCCUGUAUCCAGAUGUGCAAGCCAAAGCUCAAGAAGAGAUUGAUCGGGUUAUCGGCUCCAAACGAAUGCCUACAUGGUCGGAUCGAGAGCAUUUGCCAUAUAUGCGCGCUGUACUAGAAGAGAACCUGAGAUGGCUACCAGUAACACUGAUUGGUCCACCUAUGCCUCAUGCUUUGUCGAAGGACGAAUCAUAUGAAGGCUACUUUCUACCUGCUGGAGCUGCGAUAGUGAAUUGCAUUGGGACCGUCAAUCAUGCAGAAAAUCGAUGGAAAAAUCCUAGGGAGUUUGACCCUAGCCGCCACCAAGCGGACGAAACUUUAAACGAAGUGUUUGGCAUUAAUCCAGACACAACAAAAAGGCCUCAUACGACUUUCGGUGUGGGCCGACGUAUAUGCCCCGGUUUCCAUAUUGCCCAACGUACCCUGUUCAUUGGCAUGGCUCGUAUUUUGUGGGCCUUUAGGAUUCAACCUAAACUGGACGCUGCUGGGAAGCCAAUACCAAUCGACCGAGAUGCCAUAAUCCCGGCCUUAGUCACGGGACCAAAACUAUUCCAAUGUAACAUUGAGCCUCGAGAUCCAGACCGUGUACUGAUGUUUGAAGAUGCAUGGGAGUCGAGCCAGAAAGAGAUCGACAGCGAGGGUCAUUUCAAUGAUAUAUUCUUUGAAAAGUUCACUAUAAAGAAGACUGUAUAG